AUGAGGAUUGUUUGUUUUGUUUUUUCUUCGUCGAUGGUGCUGCCUCAUGAUGGAUUGAGUGAAGUUUACUUUGAUCGCUUUUAAACAGUUGUUUGUUACUGGUUUACAAUAAUAACAUAUUUGCAAUCAUGAAACUUUAUUGCCUUUCUGACAAGCCAAAUUCACCUUGUUUGGUGUUAACAUUCAAGGGAACAACAUUAAUGUUAGACUGUAGUCUGGAUCUCCAGUCACUACAGCACUUCAUUCCUCUGACAUUAGUCCCAAGCACACGGCUGGCAAAGCUACCAAAAUGGAAGUCCAAUGGAGACAAGGAUAAAUGUAAUGAGUUGAAGGAAUGUGGGGGGAGAGUUCUUGUUGAUAGUUCACCAGAAGUUUGCCUACCAGAGAUUGAUAUGUUUGAUAUGUCCAGUAUUGACGCUAUUCUUAUCUCAAACUAUCACUGUAUGUUGGCUCUUCCAUUUAUAACAGAGUAUACUGGAUUCAAAGGAACAGUUUAUGCAACAGAACCAACAGUUCAAUUUGGAAAAUUGUACAUGGAUGAGAUUGUUGAGUUUAUGGAAAGAGUUGGCAAGAGGAUUGUUGCUAGCCAGUGGAAGCAGCCAGAUAUUUUGAAAACACUACCAGCACCACUGAAAUCUGCCCUCAACAUUCCAUCAUGGAGGAACUGUUAUACACAGCAAGAUGUAAACAAUGCACUGUCAAAAGUCAAGUUAGUAACAUUUGCAGAAAGAACAAAUUUAUUUGGUGCUCUGACUGUCGUGCCCUUGAGUUCAGGUUACUGCCUUGGUGGUUGCAACUGGAUGAUUCAAUCUGAUUAUGAAAAGGUGUCAUAUGUUGCUGGGUCAUCCUUCCUCACAACUCAUUCUGCCCCUAUUAAUCAACAACCAAUGAAAGACAGUGAUGUGAUGAUCAUUACAGGGGUGACUCAGACACCUGCACAUAACCCAGAUAGCAUGCUGGGAGAGUUCUGCAGCAACCUAGCUGUAACGAUCAAGAAUGGAGGAAAUGUGCUGGUGCCAUGUUACCCAUCUGGUGUGCUGUUCGAUCUCUUUGAGUGUCUUUGGGGUUAUAUGGAUAGUAUGGGGUUAUCCCAGAUUCCUAUUUACUUCAUCUCACCAGUUGCUGACUGUUCUCUAGCAUACUCACAGAUAUUUUCCGAAUGGCUUUGUAGCGCCAAGCAUUCUAAAGUCUACCUACCAGAGCCUCCAUUUCCACACGCAGACCUCAUUAAGAACAAUAGGCUUAAACAUUAUGCAUCCAUUCAUGGUGAAUUUAGCAACCAGUUCAAGACACCAUGUGUUGUAUUCACUGGCCAUCCGUCCUUGAGGUUUGGAGAUGCUGUGCACUUCAUGGAAAUGUGGGGGAGAUCCAGUGUUAACACUGUCAUAUUUACAGAGCCAGACUUCCCAUAUUUGGAUGCCUUAGCACCAUAUCAGCCUCUGUCCAUGAAGGCAUGCUACUGUCCAAUUGAUCCAGCAAUGGGCUUUUCCCAGGCAAACAAAAUGAUAAAAGAACUGAAGCCUGGUCAUGUGAUAAUACCAGCAAAAUAUGCCCAACCUCCGCCAUCAUUACCACACAAAACGGACCUCCAGAUAGAUUCUGACCCAUCUCCUUCGACAUUCACACGAGGUGAGGUACUUGAUGUACCAGUGAAAAGGCACUUUGAGAAGAUUGAAAUAUCACAGGAGAUAGCUGAAGAUCUUGCUCCUACUGAGGUAAGACCAGGUGUUCUGUUGUCAGCCAUCACAGGUGUGCUUGUAGUAAAGGAUAACCAAUAUGUAUUACAGAAUUUACCAGUAUUAAACACUCCUGUAGACCUACAGGGGUCAAGAAAAAGACGGCGAGAAGAAGAAGUACAGAGAAAACCAAAACAUUAUAUUUAUGGAAGUGUCAAUGUUGAGGAAUUUGUUCAGAGUUUAGAUAAGGCUGGUAUUUCAGAUGUCAAGGUUGAAGAGUCACCAAGAGGUCAUAUAAUACAUUUGCAAUCGGAAGAUACACUAAUUCAGUUGGAAGAAAGUUCUACACACAUUGUGAGUGAGGGCAAUGAAGCGCUCAGGAGGAAGUUAAGGGACGUUCUAAUAAAAUCACUUCCAAGCUUCUAGGCGACCUUAGCAGUGAGAGUAAAUAACAGCUUGAAAGCAAAGAUGUUGCUAAAGUUCGUACAUGUUUUUAAGUUUCUUUGUAUUAUCAUUAAAAAAAAAAAUCAUUUAUCUACUGUAUUUUCUGAUAUUUUAAUAAUGUAGGCCUACUUUAUUGUAAAGAAAUGUCAGGGGAUAUAAAAAAAUAAACUAGAGGGUAGGCCUAGACCUACUAUUUAUCGCGAACUGUCAAAUUUCGCCAUCCGAGUAAACACACAGUGUGUGCCAGGACCAGGCAGGCUAGCCUUUAUUUUCAUUAUAAUUUGCUUACCAAUUUGUGUUUCCUAUACGCAUUUGCUGUUCAGUUAAUUCAUCUAGACCUAUUGUUUCUUCGUCAGUACUAUCAUCUUCGCUAGAUGUAGCAUAAGGCUCGUACAUGUACGGUUGUAUGUCGGCCAUUGUACUCUGUAGUUUUUGAAAACUGUGUAUGUUUUGGCUAUGUCGUGUAUCAGCUGGUUGUACAAGGAUGACGUCACUUGCCAAGAAUGCCAAAUAUGGGAAAAAAUUGUGGGCGGGGCGUAGCUAAUAUACAAAUUCACGAUUUAUUAAUAUU